AUGCCAGCCAUGCUCCUUGCUGACCCUAAAGUCGAGACCCCCUCCCUUAUCUUGAAACUGGUGAAGAGCUGCAAAGGAUCCAUAUUGGAUCAACAGGAGCUAGAGCUCGACAGUUCUGCUUCAUACCUCGAGGAAUCCGACCAGGCCCUCUCAGACGGUAAGGCCUUGGACCAUAACCCGAGCUCUAUCCAGGCAGACUUGUCAGAGACGCCCGGGCAUGCUGUCGAAUAUCUCGAAACGGCUUCAGCAGCAUCAGACGAUUCUCACGGGACAUCUAUGGAUGAAAUCCCAGAUAUUGGUCCAGAUAUUGAUGAACGCCGAGAUAUCGAGCCUCCAGCUUAUGUUUUGACCUGGUUUGGAUUGAAUAGGAUUGACUACCACUUGUAUCUCGCCCACAACGAGAGAGGCAUAAAUGAUCACUUGAGACGGAACAGUAUGCUCCUGUUUGAUGGCGAAGAGUGUCGUCCCUGCCUUUACGAUCAGUUAUCGGAUCUACGAACAUAUUUUCCAAACGGUGUCGGCCAAGAUAGGGAUCCCAUCAUGCUGUUCAACUGCUUGCCUGUCAUUAGAAACCCCGCUUCUCCUGCCAUAGAGGCCUAUAUCUUGGGCUUCGAUUUUGAUACGGGGAAUCUGUUCGUCCGCCAAUUCGGGUGGUUCCCUGACUACAUUGACGACGUCUGGUGCGUGUGGAAUGAAGGCUUCAACAGGUACGAAGUGCAAAUCAAAGCCUUGCAUGACACCCUCAGGCAAUGCGUCGAUGACUGUCAGCUGGAUCCGGGUGUUGGCAUUCUCAGCAAGGGCAAGUAUGCCGUGGGUAGCUGGGAGAUUGCGGAAGCCAGCGAGGAUCCUGGGAUGGAGCUUGUCAUUGUAAUAAGCUUCUGUCUGUGGAUCUUGGAUAUGACAGAGCCGCUUAUUCGACGACAUGUGUCAAGGACCGAGAAUCUCAUACAAGACUUCAAACGGUACGAAAAAGAGUGCCGUGGAAUUCUAGCCUGUGCCUCAGCCAGGUUCUGGGAACACGUUCGGAAGGGCUAUACUGAACAGCAGGAACGAUGCGAGAAAACCAAGAACCGAAACAUUGAUCACCUGAUGGCUCUCUGCAUGCCUACGAACGAUGACACGAAAGAGGACAAGGGGCGUGCACCGGACCUGGACAUUGCCAAAAGACUUCGCCGACAGUAUGAAGGGCGACGAAAGGAGUGUCGCGAACAGAGCUUGCAGGACGUCUUUAUCAGGCCUAAAAAGGGCACGACCCCCAUGUCCCCCAGUGCCACGUUCAGAGAAAUAGUUGAAAGGUCGAAAUUGGCACUGUCUUCGAGUAUGUUGCCUUCUCCUAAGACUCCACGGGCUACUUCGCCUCCCCCAUCUGGGACUCAACCCCAGAAUGACUGGAUCCCUACAUAUCCGGGAAUCCUCUCCUCCUCGACUGAAGAAAGCAACUUCCUCGAAGCUACUGAAUCCCACGAGGACCCAGUGCCGGUGCUCUUAAGGCGGAUGUCAGACCUGUGGCAGGCACAUCCGGAACUCGACAAUUUCAGCAUUCGUGGUCAGUUGGGAACUAUUUUGACAGAGAUGAAACAUAGUAUGGUGUAG